AUGACGGUGCCGCUUCUGACGAGGAAGAUCGUGAAGAAGAGGGUCAAGCACUUCAAGAGGGCCCAUAGCGACCGCUACAUCGGCCUCAAGUUGCGGUGUAUUCCUAAUUUAUCGUUAACCUUGAAUAGCACAAUGGAAGGAAAUGAUGUCUUAGUAAAAGGUCUGAGGAAGAGAACAUUUUCUUCAGUGAGCAUUGGGAUGAACUGGCGCAGGCCAAAGGGUAUUGAUUCCCGUGUGAAGAGAAAGUUCAAGGGAUGUACUUUGAUGCCCAACAUUGGCUAUGGUUCUGACAAGAAGACCAGGCAUUACCUGCCAAACAAGUUCAAGAAGUUUGUUGUCCACAAUGUCUCCGAGCUGGAGCUGCUUAUGAUGCACAACAGGACAUACUGUGCUGAGAUCGCCCACAACGUCUCUACCAAGAAGCGGAAGGACAUUGUGGAGCGUGCUGUGCAGCUGGAUAUUGUUGUCACAAACAAGCUUGCUAGGCUUCGCAGCCAGGAGGACGAGUGA